CACCAGUUUUGAUUUUCUUCAGCUUAGUUUCUUAUGCUUCUUUUGAAACUUAAGAGUUGGUUCUUGCUCUUCUCUUUUUACUCAUCGUGUUUCGUUUCAAUACUAGUUCUUUAUGGACAAUUUGUUUUUAUCUUUAAACCGUUUAAUUCAUUGCAACAAAUUCUGAAUCCCAGACAGCAGCACCUUUGGCUGGAGAUUCUGCUCAAGCUUUCUUCUCACGUUCAAAGGCUUCAACAACUUUGGGAGGAAAAGCUUCUGAACAACCCCCACGAACACCAGUAUCCAAAGAAGAGAUUGAGGCUAUUUUGUUGGGUGGCUGCAUCUGAUGUUCUCUGGAGCUUGAAUAAUGGAGGUUUAUAUUCUGGACAACGUUCUCACCAUUUUAAGCACUUGGCUUAAGUCCAUCUGGUUGCGCUAAAAGAAUUUGCACACCCUUCAAGGGAGAUUCCCUCUGCAUUGCAGACAGUAGGACUGACCUUAAAUAAGCCUUGCAACUUCCAUGUUUGGUUUUGUGUUUCAAAUGAGUUCUUUGAUCACAGAAAAAGAACUAAAGCUUCGACAGGUAAUGACUGUGAACAACUUUAGUUGAUGAAUGCUUGUCUGGUUAGAUGGAUUUAAGUAUGCCUAGCAUUGCUUUGCAUUUACAAAAUCAAUUAGUUAUUUACCGUUGUAUGUGUUCUGCCCUUUAGGCAAUGACAAUUAUUGGUCUUUAUGACUCUACAUACUGGUUCUCAUGGCUCACAUGGGAGGGAAUUAUCACACUUCUCUCAUCACUUUUCAUCACUCUGUUUGGAUGAUAUAUAUUUCAGUUUGAUAUGUUCCUGAAAAACAAUUUUGAGGUCAUCUUCCUCAUUUUCUUUCUUUUUCAACUCAAUAUGGUAAGUCUGUUUCUUGCAAUUACUCGCUUUAAUUUACACUUGUUCUUGCUGAUCCCUAUUCUUAAGCAAAGCCUCGUCAUAUUUGAUUACCGUUGUUCCCUUCUCUCUAACAUUGAUGCCAGAUUGGUUUUACCUUUAUGUUAUCGGAAUUCAUAAGCAAGUCAUCUUCAUCGACAACUGUGGGUUUCUCCAUAUUUAUGACCACUUCUAUGAUUCGGGUGAUUCCAUUCAUGAUCAGAUUGUGAAACUAGUAUAGCAGUACAGCUAGCUAGUUCUUUAUUAACUUGUGUCUAGAAGAAAUUCAUCAUUCAUUAAGCAUUUGGACUUGUCUGCAGAUCCAGAUUAGUAGAGAUGGAUCAUUUUGAACUGAUGUUCACGAUUAGGUUU